AUGCGUCUAAAGUAUGUCGUACUGGCAAUUGCUCUAGGCUCGAUAUCGAAUAAUGACGGCCUUGUUACUGCUGACAACUCGGAGAAUCUCCGACGUGGUGUUAUCCAAGAGCACAAAAUCGUUUCCUUUGCAUCAGAGACGGAGACGGGAGAAUCUCCGACGACGACAAGAAAGCUCAUUGUUACUACUGCGCCAUCUACCGAUGAGUCGGAUGAUACCCAGUCUAAUGUUAAGUCCUCGACGGGUGACAAGGCCGACAUGGACAAACUGCUGAAUGGCUUAACGGCCACCGGCAGUGGGCCGACGGGCGAUAAGAGCACCUUGGGCAACAAUGGUCCUACUCGGCCCCCGACGGCCAAAAACUUGGCCGACCUGGAUAAAAUGAUGGAUGGCUAUAUAAACGCCGGUAGUGGCUCGCCCGAUGACGAGAGUGACCCUAGUGUCAAAUCCGCAAAGGAAGACGUUAACGAGAAGGAAGACCCAGUCGAGAAGACCAACCAAGUUGAGAAGGAAGACCCAGUCGAGAAGGAAGACCCAGUCGAGAAGGAAGACCCAGUCGAGAAGACCGACCCAGUCGAGAAGACCGACCCAGUCGAGAAGAUCGACCCAGUCGAGAAGACCGACCAAGUCGAGAAGGACGAUUUAGCCGAGAAGGAAGACAAUGACAAGAAGGAGGAUCCAGACGAGAAGGAAGGCAAAGAUGACAAUGUUGAGGAUGGCUGGCUUAAGGGCAUCUUGAAACCGGGCAGUGGCGUGAACGAUGGUGUUACUGACUCUAGUACCAAAUUUUUGACUGAAGAGAAGGACGACAAGGCCGAUCAAGCUGAGAAGGCCGAGAAAGUCGAGAAGGACGUUCUAGCCGAGAAGGAAGACAAAGUCGAGAAGGACGUUCUAGCCGAGAAGGAAGACAAAGUCGAGAAGGACGUUCUAGCCGAGAAGGACAACAAGGACGACAAGGUCGAGAAGGACGACCUAGCCGAGAAGGAAGACAAAGACAAGAAGGAGGACCCAGACGAGAAGGAUGACAAGGCCGACAUGGAAAAACUGCUGAAUGGCUUAUCGGCCACCGGCAGUGGGCCGACGGGCGACAAGGUGGACAUAAAUGCGUUGCUGAAGAGCACCUUGGGCAACAAUGGUGCCACUCCUACUCGGCCCCCGACGGCCAAAAACUUGGCCGACCUGGAUAAAAUGAUGGAUGGCUAUAUGAACGCCGGUAGUGGCCCGGACGAUGACGACCCUACUGCUGAGAUUAAGAGCGACAGCAAGAGUCCUGAUACUUCUCUAACGAAUGCGGUAAAUGAAGCUCAAAGUCCAAGUGACUUGGCUACUGUCCAACCCUCGACGGAGACUGAUCCGAAUGCGGUAGCAACGGAUAGCGUGCCUGGACCAACUAGCCUGGGUAGUGUAAGCAUCCCUGUACCUGGUACACCGACGACUGCAACGACGACUGUACCGACGACUGUACCGACGACUGCACCACAGGCUCCGCUCGCCCAACCGACGUGUUCUCUCUGGGGUGGUAAACGCUGUCGAAAUCGUGACUGGACACCAAUUCUGGUGGAAUCGAGUAGGCAAGUUCGAGACAAUGGUCAAGGAAAUGUGUAUGUGUUUAUCAAAGGUGUCAUGCUUGACAUGGAUACAGACAAGAAAUGA